GAUUAAGUACCCGCGCGACGGCCACAGUGUAGUAACGAGCGGCAGUGUAUCGGGUAAACAGUCUUAGUCUACCUACCGGCACCAGAGGCGCGCGCUUUUCCUGCCGUCUUGUCGUCCACAACUGCAGGCAACCGACGCCUGGUGCGUUUGUCUCGACGAAAAUUGCAUUUUUGUUUGACCGACCGACGCGACAAACUUGUCAUUGCUGUCAUGGACGCGUUGAAAAAAGGAUGGUUUAGCGAACUCACCGACCUGUUGCCGGGCCGAUGUUUUUCCAUGCAAGUCGAACAGGUGCUCCACCAAGAGAAGUCCAAGUACCAGGACAUUUUGGUGUUAAAAACGAAGUCUCACGGCAACGUUCUUGUGCUCGACGGAAUGGUACAGUGCACGGAAUUCGACGAGUUCGCUUACCAAGAAAUGAUAUCGUUUUUGCCCUUAUGCAGUCACCCGAAACCGCAAAGGGUGCUGAUCGUGGGCGGUGGGGACGGUGGCGUUGCCCGAGAAGUAGCCAAACACCCUUUGGUCGAGGCUAUCGACCAGGUGGAAAUCGACGACCGAGUGGUCGAAGUGUCCAAAAAAUAUUUGCCUUUCAUGGCCAAAGGGUUCGACAGUCCCAAACUCAACCUGCACAUCGCCGACGGGUUCAAGUUCAUGGAAGAACACGUUGAAUACUACGACGUCAUCAUAACGGACUCAUCCGAUCCAAUCGGCCCAGCAGUUUCACUCUUCCAGAAGUCCUACUUCGAGCUGAUGAAGAGGGCGUUGAGACCCGGUGGUAUAGUUUGCUCCCAAGCCGAUACGUUUUGGGGACACCUGGAAAACGCCACUUCAAUGCGUAAACAUUGCAGAGACGUGUUCGCCAAGGUGGGCUAUGCCACUUCCUACGUUCCUACCUACCCGCACGGCCAGAUCGGUUAUGCUCUGGGAAGCCUAAACGAGAACACUGAUUUUGAAAGUCCGGUGUUCCAGUUAACCCAACAACAACGGAAAGAAAUGCAACUGCGUUAUUACACAACCGAAGUCCACAAAGCGGCUUUCGCCUUACCCGCCUUCGUUGUCGACGCAAUCGAAGCCGACGAAUGUAAAGACUAAAUUAUUAUCGGUGUCUCAGAAAAGGAAGAAGAAGAGAUAUUUUUAUAUAAUAUAUAUUCUAUACAAAACGUUACCACUCUAUAGUUUUACUACAAUUGCGUAAUAUAGUACAUUAUUAUAAUAUAAA